AUGCUUGUCCUUCCCAUUCACAGGAUACUCAUCACGAUCGUCGUGUUCCUCGCCCUCUACGCUAAGGCUGAAGAUAUCAGCGAUACAUCGACAUUAUUCAACCUGGUCCCAGACUGUGCAAAGGACUGUGUGAUAGACUUUAUCAAGUCUGAGUAUACGCCUACAGAAUGCAUAUCGCCUUCGAAUGUCACAUGUUUCUGUCGGACUAAGACAGCUAAUGGUUUCACGCUGGGAGAAGCGGCUUUGAGCUGUGUUUUGUCUAUGUGCGAGAAAGAUGUCGCUGCCGAUUUAAAGGCAUAUCAUAUUUGUGACUCGGUGUCUGGGUCCAUUCCAAAGACGCAUAAGACUAUUACCGCGACUGUGUUCUCGGAUACGAGCACGACUAUUGCCGGGGAUGCGACGACAACUGUAAAUACGGUGGCAACGAGCUCCACUGAGACAUCUAAAAGCACUUCAAAGGCUUUGUUGACGACGUCGAGUAUAACACCGGCUCCAACGUCAACAUCAACGUCGACUGCUUCUAGUCGGACUUCCGAGGUCACAUCCUAUGAUGCCUCAUCUUCCAGCUCUCAAGUUACAUCAACGUCAUCUACUCAGGGUGUUCUUCCUUCUGGAGCUUCGUAUGGGGAUACGAGCAAUAAUGGUAAUAGCUCUACCAGUCCGGGGACUGUUAUCGGAGUAUCGGUGGCAUCUGGAAUUGCGGGAUCGUUUGUUAUCGGUGUUGCGGUGGUCUUCUUCUGUAAGAGAAGGCGGAAUCAACACCGCGGACGGCCACAAUCCGAUCCAUACAUCUUCGAAAUUGGAGGUGCCAUGUCUGAGCCUCCCGACUUUGCAAAGACAAUGCCACAUACCCCGUCACUUGAGCCAAAUCUCGGGAUUUUCCACGAUCCAACGACUGAUGGAACGAGAUCACCACCCGGUGCCUUCCGAAUUAUGUACUCCCCGCAAUUUGCGACGGCAUCCCAUGCCCCCUCCGACCAAACACGUGAAUCAAGAGACCAAGGGCGAAUAGGAUUCGCCGUGACCUCCGACUCGGACUGGAGCUCACCGUACACACAAUCAUCACAGAACAGCGGAACACGUUUACUCCGAAAUUCACCAGAGCAGAUGUUCCCAAAGCCACUGAAAUGGAGUCACCGACCACCCAGCGGCGAGACUCUCUUCGAAGAAGACGAAACUCAACAAAUACCAGCAAUGACAUGCACCAAUUCCAGAGCAGGAGUAGCAGGCUUACCAGCCAAUCCGCGUGCAUUCAAGGGAACCCCCAAAAAUCCCAACCAAGCAUCUGGUCCAAGAAGCCUCGCAUCACCCUUCAAUCCAGCCUCCUACGACGCACCCGAACCCACAAUCCGCGUAUCCUCCUCAAUCCCAAAGAACACAGAAAGGGUAACCUCCCGCCCGCACGACAACAGCCAAUAUGACAUAGAACACGUCCAAAUGUGGAAUGGCCCACGCCCACACAAAGAGCUAGUGGCACCCUACUACCCCGAAGGCCCGUGGGGAGACCGCGAACAACACUCCAAACCGUAUCAAGUCUCAAAUCAACCGCCUUGUCCGUCGGAUACAUAUCCCAGUAGCGUGGUUUACCCUGCUGGUCCGCCGAAGAGGGUUGAGUAUAGGGUUUCGCCUACUAGUCGGAAUUUGACGCCUUCGAAGCUCGGGGAUGAUUUGAUUCUUAGGGUUGAUUGA